GUCCGCCGCUUCCAGCUCUUGCUCGCUCUUCCAUCAACAUAACAGAGAAGGCGCGCCAAGAUGGUAUCCGUCAAAACCCCUUCGCGGUUCGAUCCCGUCCCUUUCAUCCAUAUCCACUCACUUACGGUCAAUAUCAUAUCCAAACAUCACAUCUCUACGGCAUUUUACGCAUCGCAGCUAUAAUGUCACACUCAAAUAUCCCCGGCCUUCAUGCCGAAAAUCAAAAUGACUGCCCGGUCUCCGGUGCCAUCAACUUUCUGAUCGCAAACAUGAUUCUGGGAGAAUCGAGCGCCCCACUUCGACGCAAUACUACCUCGAACGAGAUUCGACCUACGCUGCGCGUCAACGAAUCUCCCAGACGCAACAGUCUUAGCGACUUCGUCAGUCUCAGUUUUCUGGAUCUGAAGCUCGAAGGAGACAGUGAAGCUGACUCCGAUGAUGAAGUCAGCUCCGACGAUGAAGUCAGCUCCGAUAAUGAAGUCAACUCUGAUGACGAUUCCGAAAGCCUCGAUGAUAGUUCGAGUGACACCUCCAGUAGUGGCGGCGGCGGCAGUGACGCCGGGAGCACGACUACGGAGAGAAAGGCGCGGCCGAAUCCAGCUCGCAUCGAAGAGGAAGAGGAAUCAGCCUUGUUGAUAUGGAAAGAUAUAAACAGAAAGCUAUGGCACUCUCAGCGCGGGAUUCCAGGUAAUCAGCAAUCACCGCAGUGCGAGCCAAUAUGUGGACAUCAUUGGCUGGUGGACGUUGGAGGCUCCAGAGAACGCAUCAGGGCUAUGCAGCACAAGCUGAACGAAAUCUGUAACUGCGUCACGAAUCAUGUGCUGGAUCGAGGCCGGGGUGAGAAGAGUGGGCGGGGUUGAGACGCACCAGCAUCUUUGCCUCUGCGGCCGUUAAACUGUA